AUGACUUCUGCAUCGGUCGCUCCUUCUACCCCUUCCCCACCCCCGACGAGAUCUCGCGCUGCCUCCAUCUCGGCCUCUUCUCUCCACGGUCCUAACGGCACUAUUCUUACUUCUUCUUCUCCUGCUGUCCCCCCUGUCCCUCAUGCUCAUGCCAACGCAACCCACUCGUCGCUCAUCCCCACCAGGUACGUCAAGCACGCCUCGCUCAUCAACAACUGCUACCCUACCCGCCCGGACGAGAAGGGACCAAAGUCGAGCGAGCUGUCGUACUUGGUCUACUACGCAACUGCUAAACCCGCCAAGCUCUCCAAGGUCGGCAACUUUAUCGAGCGCCGAGUUGUCCGCGACUACCGUAAAAAGCGCCUCUCAGAUGUGCAUUGUUCCCUCGAGAUCAUCAAAAGCCUUUUGCUCUCGAGCAAAGCUCACUUGAAUAUCUUUUCCAAAAAUAUUGCAGUCAUCCUCGAUACCCUCCUCGUCGACAUUUCAGACUUUGAUAUCGUUCGCCACUGCCAGAUCGUCUUUUCUACUUUUUGCUCGGCCCAUGAUGGAUCUACUCUUGGUGUUGACCAUGAGUUCAAGGUUAUCUAUGAUCGUGUCGUUGCCCGUUUCUCCUUUAUCGCCACCCUUCAAGGUGAAAACACCAACCGGUACAGGAUGGAGGGACUGAGGGCGGUGAAGGGAGUGGUAUCUUCGACGGCGUUGUAUGCUUGCGACCCUAGAGCACAGCUGAGCUUGGUUCUGGCCCCAAUUCUCGAAAGUUUGAUCGACACCAAGGAUGGAUUGCAGGUGCCACUGGAAGAGAGCAAAGAGACUGUAGCUGCUUCUCCUCGGCCAUCAUCGUCAAUCCAAGGAACUCUUCACCCCGAGAUGGAGGUUACAGACGAGGAUGUUACCGCCGAGGCAUUACAAUGUCUGAACGCUCUUUUCAAAACACCCAACGGCGCCAAUGUCAAACUUGUCCUCCGACCCACAUUUGAAUACCUGGACGAGCACAGUAUCUGGUGGCCUGCCAGUUUUGGCGUCGGGAUCAUCAAGGCCAUCUUGAACGCCAUCAUGGGCCAGUACCGCUACAUGGUCGUCAACGAAAUCCUGACACUCAAGGAGAGCGUGGACGAGACAACUCCCGAUUGGACACUGAGGCUGCAAAAGAAGGCGACGCUUGUUUCUACUUUGGAGGCUGUGAUGGUGUCGCCUUUGAAACUUAUCGGAAUGCCUGUCUUAGAGGUGUUGAAUUCUCUCUUGACGGGCCUCGUCAAGUCAUUGUCCAGAUCAGCCAACCUGUGCAAGGAAGGCGAAUCCAGUCAGCAGAUUGUUCUCGAGACUCUCAUUCAAGACGGACUUGUCAGGAGUGUCGGUGGCCUGGCAACUCACAUAUACUACGCCAACCAGGUGCCUCAUAUCAUUUCGCACAUCGUUGGUAAACUGUCGUUCAAGAUUGGCGACAAGUCCCAACCAGAAACGAUUGACGGUGUUCCCACAGUUGAGUACCGCAAGGCCCUAUUGAGGUGCUUGACCGCAGUGAUCAAGAUGAGCAAGGACCACGGACGCCGGGAAGCAGGAUUCCAUGCGACCGACAUCUCCACUGACCUGUUGACACCCUGUCUUGGACUCUUGUUGGACGAGAAUGUUGGCGUCCGUGCUGCCUACGCACAGGCACUCAUCACCUUCCUGGCCACCGACGAUGAUAACCAUGGGCAUGAUUCCGGUUUGGGCUCACCUGUCGCUGCCAUCUCGGGAGACCUCUACUUCCGCGCUGCCACUCACCAGACCUUGCACACGUAUGCCCGCCUUCCUACAGCAACACCCACAGACAUGGCAGCCAUCUAUGGUAUUCUCCGAGCCCUGUUCACGCACUUCCAAGAUGACGAGUUCAUGCGCGUAGUACCUGUUCUGUUCUCGCUCCAGGAUUGGUGUUUGCAGGAGCCUCUCGAAGGUGAGCCCGUGGAACCUCAUUUGGUGGAGCGGAAGCGAGCCCUGGCGACCGUGAUGGUUAUUUAUUUCCAAAAGGCGCUCGGAAGCUACGGGAUGACAGAGCCAUUGGAGUACCUGGACAACAUCCAGAGCUCGCGCGAGAAUGAGUCGCAAUGGAUCCCGAUCUACUAUGAGAACCAAGAGUCGCUUACCCGGACAACAGGACAUCAAUGGGAGACGCCCUCGGAGCCUCUGUCACCCAUCUUGACCCAUCCACUUGCCCGUGACCAUCUGGUGACUCUGUUGACCACGGUCUCGGACCGCUUCCGAGCAGGCGCCGACCGGUUCAGCCUUGCCUUCACUCCCGAGAGCCAGUCCCACAUGACGACCCUUCAGUCAGCCAACCAAGAAUUCGGGAGUGGAUUGUUCCCUCCCCCUCUGCAUGGAAACCGUGGUAUGCCUGGUCACCGCGCGGACCGUAGCAUCGAUAGCAGGAUCCGUGUCUCGCGACUGAUGGAGGAUUGGGCGUUGCCAAAGAUCACGCCCCUGUCGUCGUCAUCUUCAGUCGAAUUGGGUCCUGUUUCUGAGGAAGUUUCUAAGGGUGGCCUCAAGGACUCUGCACAGGCAACCCGCGACGGCAGCUUUGUCAAUGGAGUCUAUAGCCGGAGUGACAGCGCGCUCUCGCAUAGGGCGAUCGGUGUCGACAACCUCAAGGCUGCCCUUGCAGCGACGCCUGUGACCUCGACCGAGGCCUUGAACGAGGCUGGCGCUAUUGUCACUGUCACGGGCGGAGAUGGACGAGUCAGUGCGCCGGCUUUGCAAUCCUUCUAUGCAUUGUCGACACAUGCACCCAUGUCGCGGACGAAAUUGUCCUUGGGUGUUACGGGGUCAAAUGUCUCGAUUGCUUCUAAUCUUGCAGCUUCACGUCCAGAUCUGGCGGACCUGUUGAACAAGAUUCAGGUCACUGUGCCUUCCACCAAACAGCACUCUCUCAUUACCCCUCCUUACUAG